CUCAGGCGUCGGCAGGGUCGGCGGCGUCGGCAGCCGUGUCGGCCGUGGCGGGUGGGAAAUGGCGGAGUACUUGGCCUCCAUCUUCGGCACCGAGAAAGACAAAGUCAACUGUUCAUUUUAUUUCAAAAUUGGAGCGUGUCGUCAUGGAGACCGGUGCUCUCGGUUGCACAAUAAACCGACCUUUAGCCAGACCAUCUUGAUUCAAAACAUCUAUCGUAAUCCCCAAAACAGUGCACAGACGGCUGACGGCUCACACUGUGCCGUCAGCGAUGUUGAGAUGCAGGAACACUAUGAUGAAUUUUUUGAGGAGGUUUUUACAGAAAUGGAGGAGAAAUAUGGAGAAGUUGAGGAGAUGAACGUCUGUGAUAACCUGGGAGACCACCUGGUGGGAAAUGUGUAUGUCAAGUUGAAUAACCGUUGGUUUAAUGGACAGCCGAUCCAUGCUGAGCUGUCACCCGUGACGGACUUCAGAGAAGCCUGUUGUCGUCAGUACGAAAUGGGAGAGUGCACGCGAGGUGGCUUCUGUAACUUCAUGCAUUUAAAGCCCAUUUCCAGAGAACUGCGGCGUGAGCUGUAUGGUCGCCGUCGCAAGAAGCAUAGGUCGAGGUCCAGGUCCCGGGAGCGUCGUUCUCGGUCUAGAGACCGUGGUCGUGGUGGUGGCGGAGGCGGUGGGGGUGGUGGGGGCCGGGAACGAGACCGGAGGCGAUCACGAGACCGUGAAAGAUCUGGGCGAUUCUGAGCCGAGCCAUUUUUACCAUGUCUGCUAGGAAGUGUUGUAGUUGAUUGACCAAACCAGUUCAUAAUGGGAAUUUUUUUUAAAAAACAACAAAAAAAACCCCACAAAGAUGAGUUUGUGAAUAAAAUUUGUAGUGAUACAGUA